AUGUUUGGAUAUCAAUUACAGGAGUAUGAUUUGAAACAUGAGUUAACAGUUUGUUGUGGAGGCUUAGGAAGUGUGUAUGUUGCAUAUCACAGACCCACCCACAGAAAAGUGGCAAUUAAGAAGAUACAAUUAGAUUUAAUAGAAGAAGUGAAUCUUAUACAGCAAGAGAUAUAUAUUACUCGUCAAUUACAGCAUCCAAAUAUACUAUCAUAUGAAAUAUCAUUUGUAAAUGACUUAAAUCUAUACAUCGUUGCCCCUUUGAUGAUAUAUGGUUCAUGUAGAGAUGUUCUAAAUUUUUACAAUUCUGGUUUUCCUGAAACGGCUAUUGCUAUUAUUUUAAGAGAUGUAAUUAAUGGAUUGGACUACGUACAUUCAAAAGGAUUUAUUCAUAGAGGUAUCAGGGGGAGUCAUAUGUUGAUCAAUCAUUUAGGAACUGUCUUGUUAUCUGGUUUGAGAGGUGUUGGUGAGCUUAUUGUACAUGGAAAAAGACAACGAGUCCUCCAUUCCUUACCUCCACAAGCCAAAGACACACUAAAUUGGUUGAGUCCUGAAGUUUUGGAACAAAAUAUGUUAGGAUAUAAUGAAAAAUCUGAUAUCUACAGUUUGGCAGUCUGUGCGUGCGAGUUAGCUAAUGGUGUAGAACCAUUUGCUGAUAUGCCUUGCACAUUAAUGUUCACAGAAAAAGUACGCGGCUAUGCUCCUAAACUCUUGGACAGCAUAACUUUAUCAGAGUACAGCAAUUCAGAAUCUAGUGAUGAUUUGCAAGCAAUAUAUGUGCAGUCGCAGAGAGCCUUCUAUGCGACCAAAAGCUAG